AUGACUUCAGGAACCUGUCUUUGCGGAAACGUUUCCAUCUCCUACAGUGGAGACCCUGCCAUGAAGGCACUCUGCCACUGCACCGAUUGCCAAAAGAUCAGUGGUAGCGCCUACAGCGUCAACAACGUCGUCUCGGGCGAAGGCUUCAAAGUCACCGGAAACCCCAAAGCGUACACCAAGACGGCCGACAGCGGCAAGAAAAUCACCAGUUACUUCUGCGGUGACUGUGGAUCUACUCUGUACCGUGACGGAGAGAACUUCCCGGGUAUGAAGAUUGUCAAGGCUGGUGUUCUGGAUGGCAAGGAUGUGCUCAAUGAGAGUAAGCCUAAUGUCGAGCUUUUCGCUCCUACGAGACCGAAGUGGGUCGCUGCGCUUGAUGGUGCUGAGCAGAAGAAUACCAUGUAG